AAAGCAUGGGAUCCUCACAUUAUUCUUAAAUAUUCUUUACUUUAAUACACCCUUAUAUUCAUGGCAUGCGGCAUGUUCGCCUUCUUCAUUUAUUAACACCACACUUAACCCUUAAACGAAAGACCUUCACUCCAUGUUUAGGUUGUGGUCGACCUAUGUUUCUUUUCCAGUCCUAUACCCAAGUAACUCCAACAUCCACUACAACUUUACAGAAAUAUGCCCAUUUACCCGCCAAAGCACGACCUGCCGAACCCUCUAUUGCCAUCACUAAGCUAGCAGCACGAGGAAGAUUGGCGGAUGCAUUAUCUGUCUAUCUUAAACUUUUAAAGGAUGGCGGAUUCCCUAGUCGAGAAUCACUUUAUCAGCUAACACUGGCCAUGUAUCAAAAUUCAAAUCUAACAGGCAUGUACAUCAUUCAUCAAACUCUAACAUCUUAUUACAAACAAAAUCCCAUCAUGUUAUCUAAACGAAAUGCACGAUCCAUGACUUACAUGUACACAAUGCUCAUCAAUCUUAUUUCUAAACAUUCUCGAUCCGUCAACAUGGACAUCAUACAACAGUUAUGUAAAGAAAUGCCUCAAUUCACAAACAAUGUUACUCUUCCACUGUAUAAUACGUUAAUCAAAAUAUUACUAAAAAAAAACUAUGAGCAAGAGGCGUGGAAACUAGUUGAAGAAUUACGUCGACAAAAUAUAGGGCCUAACAUUGUUACAUAUAAUAUUUUUAUGAAACAUGCCUAUAAAAGAAAGAAUUGGGAACGGUUCAUACAACUAUUGGAUGAAAUUAACCAAGAUGAGAAGUUAGAGAUCGAUUGUAUUACGACACAUAUUGUCGUGGAUACGUUAUGUAGCAUGCAUGCAUUUGAUAAAGCUUUUGAUAUAGUGGAAAAGUUAUUUUGUCCUACUGUAAAAGAUAAAUUCAAUAGUUUAGAAUUUAGAUUAGAUUUAAUAAAUCAAAUAGAAAAAAAAAGAAGCUUAGCUCUACAAAACGCCGAAACAUCAAAGAAAAAGAAAAGGAAAAAAGAAGAAGACGACGAAGAAAAAAAAAAUCACCUUCUUAAAAAUAAAAUAAAAUAAAUAAACUUAUUGUUUAAAAAGUAG